GUCACUGUCACUAGAGUGAAAUUCAUUGAAUGUUAAAAAUCAAAACAACAGUGUAAGCCGGGGUUGCGUCCUUUGAUAGUUAAUUUAAUAAGAAUCAUGUCUUCCUAUUUUGAUUUCUUUUGCAACAACAUCAAUAAGAAUUGUCAAGAAUCACAAAAUGUUGACCGCAUUGCCGGCGCUUGUUACUCAAUGUGCCCUGAUGAAGAAGUCAAGUUGCGCGAGUCUGAGCGGCUAGUGCACGUGUUAGAAGUGUGGGGCAGUGAGAGGAAGCUGGUGAAGAGUUACAGCAGGUCGGCUGCAGACUCCAACAUGGCUGUCCCGCGCCUGCUGCGACCGUACUCCACGCUCACCAACACUGUACAGUAUCUGCUGCUUGAUAUAACAAGAAGAGUAGAUGUACCAGCAUCGGUAGUGUAUGACUAUGUAGAUGACCGCCUAAGAGCUGUGAGGCAGGACGUCACAAUACAGCGGCUGCCUCCUGAACAGUGUGUUUGUCUUCUAGAACCUAUGAUUAGGUUCUAUGUCUAUUAUGGAUAUCAGUUAUCAGACCUACCUCUAAAAGACUAUGACCCAGUCCUCAACAAGAAGCGCUUACUAGAAUGUAUAAAAUGGUAUCUUUCAUGCUGUGACACGAUUGAUAAAACACAAGGAAAAUUGGAUCAGCUGAGCGGAUUCUUUUCCAACCUUGAGUUGAACAGUAGUAAGCAAUAUAAACUGGUCAAUGAUCAAGUCCUAAUGGAAAGCCUUUACAUUUUGUGCAAUCUAGAUGAUUUACAUCCAUUAUUCAGAUAUGUUAAACUAUCUAAAGAUUUAAAGAGAAACAAGAAGCUCCAAUUAGCAUACGAAAUAGCAAUAGCAAACAUUCAGGGCAAUUACAUAAAAGUCUGUAGACUGUCUGAAAAACUGUGCCCUCUGUCAUAUUCUGCACUUUCCACCUACCUACCCACACUGCAACGCCGUGCACUAGAGGUGAUGAGCCACGCAUACAACAGCAAGCGGCUGACAGUUCCACUGACGAGUGUGUCGCGCUGGUUGCGCUAUGGAGCGGCGGCGGCGGCCCGACAGGCCUGCGAGCACUACGGUCUGACGGUGGACGGAGACGCCGUGCGGUUCGAUAAGACUACCUUCAAACAUGAUGCUACAUUGAAUAUACCCAAAACUGUGGACAUAAGGAAGAAAUUUGAUUUAAGUAUAAUGGAUAUUUUUACAUAUACAACAGACAAAUAAAGUUUUAUAUUUUACAGUAUAGUCUAGAAGUCUGAUUAGAAUUAUUAUUGAAGAUUAAAAUGUAACAACUACCUCAGGGCUUGCAAUAUUACAAAUAAAACAAUUGAUUUAUA